AUGACGUCAAACACCAACGACAUGGACAUUGACGACACCUCGAACAACAACGGAAACAUGGGCAACCGGGACAGUGCUGCCAAUGCUACUGAUAAGGACAUGGACAUGGACAAGGACGUGGGCACCAGCGACCAGGACGACACCUCCAACGAGGAGUCGAGUGUUGACCCGGAAACUGUGCAAUCUCUGACGCACUCAAAGGAGGGAUUCAAUCCCUCGAGCGACUCGGAGGGGAUGGACGCUACAAAAAUGCCCAUCGCGCCGAUUGCGAAUGGGAAGACCAUGGAAUACGCACCAGUGUUCAGCUCGUCAAAGAGGAGCUGCCCCGCGGGCGUCGUGCACAUGUCGAGCCAGCCCAACCUCAGUACGCAGGCGCAGGCGAUCGCGGAGAGCCCGCUCACCAGCAGAGCAUCGGGCUCCGACUCCGCGUGGCUGCAUAACAAGACGUCCAAGCUUGGAUUGAGUGCAGUGGCGACGAAACCGCGCUCCCGCGUGCUCUUGCUGUCGGCCGGCGGAGGCGGAGGCGCUGCAGAAUAG